AUGACGGGCUCCACUCCUAGCAACACGCACAUGAAUGGAAACCUUCAUCGCGCGCCUAACGGUGGUCGCGCUGGCUCAGUCACUCCCGUCGCUCUCCCACCAGGCACGGAUGCCGCCACUUUCAAUGAAUAUGCCAAGCGAGCGGUGGCCAUUGUCGGCGAGGAGAACGUAACGAUUGUCAUCGAUGCUGCCGAAGUGCACAAGCACGAUUACUUCAACCCCAGCAAGGCGUCAGACAUGUUCAAUAUGUGUGACGACACCCAUUUCCUCUGCUCGGCGGUCGUUGCUCCGCGAGGCGUGGAAGACACACAGGCGCUCCUGAAACUCGCGAACGAGUUCUCGAUUCCGGUCUGGCCAUUUAGUAUUGGACGCAAUCUUGGAUAUGGAGGUGCCGCACCGCGGGUCCGCGGCAGCGUGGGCUUGGACAUGGGUCGUCACCUGAACAAGAUUAUCAAAGUCGAUGUUGAGAAUGCCUACGCUAUAGUCGAACCCGGCGUCACAUAUUUCGAGCUCCACCAGUACCUCGUCGAUAAUAAUCUCCGUGAUCGCGUCUGGUUGGACACACCUGGUCUCGGUGGAGGCAGUGUGCUCGGCAAUGCGAUUGAACGGGGAGUCGGAUACACGGCGCGUACACACGAGUUAUCUAUAGCUAUACUCAGCGCUGACUUCGACGUUUGCAGCCCUAUGGCGAUCAUUGGAUGAUGCACUGUGGCAUGGAAGUCAUACUUCCGAAUGGAGAACUGCUGCGCACCGGCAUGGGUGCUCUGCCGAACCCAAAAGCUGACACUACCAAACCAUUGCACGAACAGGAGCCGAAUGAGUGUUGGCAGCUGUUCAACUACGGCUUUGGCCCCUACAAUGACGGAAUCUUCUCUCAGGCUUCGCUUGGUGCGUUACAGGCUGGAUGCCCUGCAGCUCAUGUUAAUGACUAACCCAGUCUUUUAGGAGUUUGUGUGAAGAUGGGUAUGUGGCUCAUGACGAACCCCGGAGGUUACCAGAGCUACAUCAUCACAUUCCCCAAAGACAGCGAUGUUGACAAGACCGUCGAGAUCAUCCGGCCUCUUCGCGUCGGAGGAAUUCUUCAAAAUGUGCCGACUCUUCGACAUAUACUGCUGGAUGCGGCCGUGAUGGGAUCCAAAAAGGAUUACUUCCCGGACAAGCCAGUCGACCAGCCCCUCACCGACGAUGAACUGGACCAGCUAGCUACGAAGCACGGUUUGGGACGGUGGAACUUCUAUGGCGCCGUCUAUGGCGCGCCGCCGAUUGCGGAAGCUAUGCUCACUGCAAUCAAGGCUGCAUUCUCGAAGAUUCCCGGAUCAAAGUUCUUUUUGCCUGAAGAUAUGCCCAACAACGAGGUUGCCCAGACCCGACACAACACGCUGCAGGGCAUCCCGUCCACGGACGAAUUGGCGUGGGUGGACUGGCUUCCCAACGGUGCUCACGUGGCUUUUUCACCCAUCGCGCCCGUGACGGGCAAGGAUGCCGCCGCCCAAUACGCCACGACGCGGCGGCUGGUGGAAAAGUACGGCUUCGAUUUCAUCGGCACAUACAUCAUCGGGAUGCGUGAGAUGCACCACAUCGUGGAAGUGGUCUUCGACCGUGCAGAUCCGGACAGUCGUCGCCGAGCGCAUCUCUGUGUCAAAGAGAUGAUCGUCGAAGCCGCCAACCAUGGCUGGGGAGAGUACAGGUGAGUUUUUUCUUUGUUUUCCCGCCUCCCACACCCAUGUGUGAAGGAAGUCAUGCAUGAGCUGACCCGACGUGCGCGUCCAAUCGUAGAACUCAUCUUGCCAUCAUGGACGACGUUGUCUCCACGUACAACUUCAACAAUCAUGUCAACUUGCGCCUCAACGAGCAAAUCAAAGAUGCUCUUGACCCCAAGGGCAUCCUCGCGCCCGGUAAGAAUGGCAUUUGGCCCAGAUCGUACCGCGCCGACAUGGCGCGUUGGAAGGUACCUUCGCCCAAUUGA